CGUUGAUUAUGACCAUUUGACAUUUGGUAGGUGAGAGAUUGGAAGUGUUUUUGUUGUUUUUGAUAUUAAUUAAUUUAAAUCACACAGUUUAUUUGUUGAAGAACUUUUAUUAAUCGAAAUACGACCACGCAUUUAGUAAAAGCAUACCCACAUAUCUUAAAAUAAUGGCAGAAAGUAAUGGUGAAUUAAGUGAAGACGAUAUUAUUAUUAAUGACCAGGAUGGACUCCCUAACGUGCAUCCAAAUUUGAUAGCAGAAGCUGAAAUUGAUAGUCCAGACCAUAACUCUGAUGAUGAAUUUGAAGAUUUACCAGCAUCCCUUAUAGUUACCAAUAUACAUGAUUCAGUAUUUGCAUCUCAAGACAAAAAACUUGAAUUAGAAGAUUUAUUUAGACGGUAUGAUCCAGAUGCUAGCUUCCAGUGGCUGAGAAGUUUCAGAAGGUUACGAGUUAAUUUCAAAACGCCAAUAGCAGCUGCAAGUGCAAGAAUUGAGCUUCACCAAUACAAAAUCAAUGAAUCAGUAAUUACUUGUUAUUUUGCUCAACCUGUCACUCCCGUAAGAAACCCUAAUUUGCAACCACCUGCUCCAUACAAACAAUUUCUCAUUUCACCUCCUGCUUCUCCUCCGGUGGAUUGGGAGCCUCGACCGGAAGGGGAGCCCAUUAUCAACCAUGACUUACUGGCUGCGCUGGCCACUCUUACUCCUGGAGGAACACAUGAAUUGCAUCCUCCUUCACCUGGACAACCAGCCAUAGUUGUCCAUACAGCGUUAGCUGGUGCUACUAACACGGGUUCAGUACCUAGAGUUGUUUCUACAUCUUGCCCAGAAAGAAGUUAAAGAAAAUUGUUGAUAUAGUUGUGUUUAAAUUCUUCCGAGUAACAUAAUAGAGGCUAAAAAACCUACAUUCUGGAGUGAUUGGAUAGUUUGGAUUAGACGUUUCUCAAAAAGAAUGAUUAAAGCAAUAUUUUGCUGGUGGCUUUUUUGUUAGUUGUUUUCUACAUGACUUAGUUAAUAAGUUAAUGUUAGUUUAUUGUAAUUUUAUAUUAUUUAAAAAAUAGUGUAGAAUAAUAAUUUUCUUAAAAGAUAUUUUAAAUUAUCGGAAGUGUUCAUUUUUAAUUUUGCCAAAAUCAUGAGAGUAAUCGAGACUUAUCUAGAGUUCCUUUUUUUUGUAGUAAAUGAGCUAAGCAAUACAAAUUUCAUACUCAAAUCCCUUUUCUUUCAUUGGCGUACAAAAUUUAAAUGUAUCAUUAUUGAAAAAAUAAACUUUGUAUUAAGUUUACUUAAAUCUGCUUAUUUUGAUCUAAGGAAUAUGUGGUAUCUUUUUGUAAAGACCUUUUAUUAUAAAAUAAAAUCAGUAGAAACCAAAUUGACGCUUCCGAUAGUUUUCUACAAAUUAACUUAAUUAUGGUUAAGUCCGUUUUCAAACCUAAUAAGAUUUAACUUGAUUUUUUUAUUGAACAUUUUGGUAAAAAAAUAUUUUGAGUUUGUCUUUAGUAAAAUACCAAAAUGUUAAAUAACUGCUUAAUUGAACUUUUAAGCUUCAACAAUCGAUCAAAAGAAGAAAUAAGAAAUAUAACGGACUAUUAGCCUUAGAUACUUACAUUUUUGUCACGUCUAUUAAUCGUACGCGGUAAUUUUUUUAUAAUAAUUCAGUCAAUUUUAGACAAACUUAUUUUCCAGUGGUAACAUUUUAAAACUGCUCCUUUAGGUACCUGUUGUUCAUAUUUUCAGACAAAAAAUCACAGCGAUUCGUUAAUGGCGUGACGAAAGUCUAUUCUUUUGUAAUCAAUGUUUUUAAAUUAUUUGUGAUAAAUUAUAUAUUAUUGUGAAUUUGAUUUUGUAUUGUAUGCCAUAUUUCAUAUUUACAAAUCGUAAGUGAUAUUAGUUACCUGUUGUGUUUAAUUUGUUUAUGUGUGAUUUGAAGCUGUUUCUUAAGCUAAGAACCAAAUUUUUCGUUUGUAAUGCAAAAAAUCUUGAAUAAUUCCUCUUUUUCUUAAUGUUUA